GUUCCCCAAUCACAAAACCAUGGCUGCACAAAUAUCCACAGGAACGUCCGAGCUGCGGGACAUCACAAAAAUGGAGCGGAUAGGUGCACAUUCGCACAUUCGUGGUUUGGGUCUUGAUGACCGUCUAGAGCCGCGAGGAAACUCGCAGGGGAUGGUGGGUCAAGGAAAAGCGAGGAAGGCAGCGGGUAUGAUCCUUAAAAUGGUGCAAGAAGGCAGGAUAGCGGGACGUGCUAUCUUAUUUGCGGGACCUCCGUCUACCGGCAAGACAGCAAUUGCGCUCGGAAUGGCACAGAAUCUUGGUGCUGAUGUCCCCUUUACAAUGAUCGCCGCAAGCGAGGUCUUCUCUUUAUCAAUGUCUAAGACGGAAGCGCUAACGCAAGCCAUUCGUCGGAGUAUUGGUGUGCGUAUAAGGGAGGAGACAGAACUCAUUGAAGGAGAAGUUGUUGAGAUACAAAUAGACCGCAGCCUAACGGGCGCUACAAAAACAGGAAAACUCACAAUCAAAACAACGGACAUGGAAACUGUGUACGAUCUCGGCAACAAAAUGAUAGACGCACUCUCAAAAGAAAAAGUACUAGCAGGCGAUGUAGUAGCAAUAGAUAAGACUACCGGUAAAAUUUCAAAACUUGGCCGCUCGUUUGCACGGUCGAGAGACUAUGAUGCUAUGGGCGCAGACACAAAGUUUGUACAAUGUCCAGAGGGAGAGAUACAAAAACGCAAAGAAAUCGUGCAUACAAUUUCACUUCACGAAAUCGAUGUCAUCAAUAGCAGGACGCAAGGUUUUCUUGCUCUUUUUGCAGGUGAUACGGGCGAAAUUAAGCCUGAACUCAGAGACCAGAUUAACACUAAGGUAGCAGAAUGGAGAGAAGAAGGGAAAGCAGAGAUAAUUCCUGGUGUCCUUUUCAUUGACGAAGUUCACAUGCUCGAUAUCGAAUGUUUCUCCUUCCUCAACCGUGCACUGGAAAGUGAACUCUCUCCUCUUGUCAUCAUGGCUUCAAAUCGUGGUAUGUCACGUAUUAGAGGGACGACAUUCCGAAGUCCACAUGGCCUUCCCGUCGACCUCCUCGAUCGAGUACUGAUAGUCAGUACAAAACCUUACGAAGAGGAGGACAUACAGCAAAUAAUUCAAAUUCGCUGUGAAGAGGAGGAUGUUACUCUGUCCACCGAUGCACUAGCUGUACUCACGUCCAUGGCAACGCAAACUACUCUUCGGUAUGCACUCAAUCUUAUAUCUUGCGCUCAGAUUAUUGCGCGCAAGCGCAAAGUAAGCGAGGUAGAAGUAGAGGAUCUGAGGAGAGCGUACACGUACUUUAUGGAUGAGAAAAGAAGUGUACAGUGGCUGAAGGAGCAGCAGGGUAGCCUGGUAUUUGAAGAAAUUGGAAAGGAGGGGGAAGUCGUAAGGGAGGGAGUGGUUGAUUUGGAAAAAGAUGCAAUGGAUAGUUCGUGAUAUAGGUGGCUAUGAGAUGUACUUACGGAGGUUAAUGGGUGCGUGGGUUGGUUACUUUGAGCGUUUUCCAGCUGCUGCUGUUUUUAGAUAGUGCUAUAGCGUGUCAUCAUAAUCUAGCUUUUCUUUGAUCUGCUUGUUGUAUGUUCUCUUGCAUCGUCCAUAAUUGAGUCUUUUGUUUUC